CGCAUGCUCACUAGAGGCGGAACUGCUCCGAGUAGCAGGGAAUGGGUUCAGCUCAGCUUCAGUGACUCUGACACAGACAUGCACUGACAGCGUUAGCCGCGGUGUAUUCCUUGACGUGGACCAGGCAGUGUAGACGUAGUGUUUGUUUGUAACGUCGCAGUAACUUAAAAAAUUCAAAACAAAUGGUAAGUUAAUCUUCCUGCUUAUCUUUCGCCUAAAAAAAAAAGCCGGGGGGGCUAGGCGCUAAGCUAAUGCUAGCAAGGUGUAUGAUUUCAGGAAGUGUCCCACCUGCGCUACCUUCACCUGGCUUCUGUCAGCAUAUAUAGCCUGCAAGCUAACAGGCCGUAUAACAGCAUAAGAUGCGUUUCAUGCUGCUUUUCAGCCGGCAGGGGAAGCUGCGCCUGCAGAAGUGGUACACCGCCACAGCGAACGGCGACAAGAAGAAGAUGGUCAGGGAGCUGAUGCAGAUAGUGCUCGCCCGCAAACCAAAGAUGUGCAGCUUCCUCGAAUGGAGGGACCUCAAGAUUGUCUACAAAAGGUACGCCAGCCUGUAUUUCUGUUGUGCAAUCGAAGAGCAGGACAACGAGCUGAUCACACUGGAAGUCAUCCACCGCUUCGUAGAGCUUCUGGAUAAAUACUUUGGCAGUGUAUGUGAGCUGGACAUCAUCUUUAACUUUGAGAAGGCCUACUUCAUCCUCGAUGAGUUCCUGAUGGGAGGAGAGAUCCAGGAUACGUCUAAGAAGAGUGUCCUCAAAGCCAUCGAACAGGCUGACCUACUGCAGGAGGAGGACGAGUCCCCCAGGAGUGUGUUGGAGGAGAUGGGCCUGGCGUAGUACACAGCAGCUUUGUGAGAGACUAUAAGGCGGAGGGCUGGUUGAGGGGGUGGGGGGUG